AAGAAGAGUUCGUGGCUGCCACUGCCACUCCGUUUCGCCGCCUGAAAAACCGAACUUCCCUUCAAAAUUAAACUCUCCACUACAAGCGAUGAUCCUUCACAACCCAACAUUUUAGAUCUCAUUACAUUACCCAUGUCCAUAUUAUCAACCAUGGACCCGCCUACUAUUGAUGUGGACCUAGGGUCUGAGAAGAUUGAAGAUGAGAAACAGGGAGGUCCCUCAUUCCAUUGUGAUCUUUGUGAUACCGAAGUAGUUCACAAGUUGGCUCAAACGUUCCUUCCAGGUCUAGGCAGUGCUUGUGUUGAUAACACGUCGGGAGAUCUCUUCAAGACUCCUGGUUCUGUGGCUGUUGAUUUGAGAAAGGAAAUGAUAGAGUAUCUUACCCAGAGAAGUGAAUCAUUUGUUGCUGAGUCUGUUAUUCUGGAAGGUGGUCCGGACGGUGAAGUAUCAGAUCAUCCUUUUGAUAUCAUUUCUAAUUUUGUUGAUGACUUUGUGAGUUCAAAGAGGAAUUUGUUUAGUCGGGUCUCUGGAUGGCUGCUGAGUGACAAGAGAGAAGACAAAAUUGAUGAUUUCGUUCAAGAGAUGGAAAUGAAUGGGUUUUGGACCCUUGAAAGAAGAGAAACAAUUGCAGAAACUUUGCUUAAGAAUGUUGACUUCGAGAACUCGUAUCAUUGCCAGAUGAGUUUUAAUUCCGCAGAAGAACUCGCCAAUCAUGUUGAUGAUUGCAACUUCAGAUCUAUGAUAUGUGAAAAUGAGGGAUGCAAUUCCAGGUUUUGUGCAGCUCAUUUGAAGAAGCAUGACUCAGCUUGUCCUUUCAAGAUAAUUCCAUGUGAACAGAAGUGUUCUGAUACCAUUAUGAGACGGGAGAUGGACAGGCAUUGUAUAACUGUUUGUCCAAUGAAGCUUGUAAAUUGUCCUUUUUAUGCAGUCGGUUGUAGAUCAGCUGUUGCACAAUGUAUGAUUGAAAAACACCGUUCAGACGACAUUAAUUCUCACUUGUGGCACUUGCUUAAAGGCAUCCACAAGGAAGCUUCCGGUGACGAUCUUAAGAGACGAGUGGAGCAAAUUGUACAGGCAUCAUCAAGCAGCCGGUUAGCAGCAGCUCGGGAUGUUCGAUCUUUAAACUUUAUCGUCAAGGACAUUGAAGCUAAGCUUGGGCCUUUCGAAGUUCAUGCUGUGGAGAAAAGCAGUUCAGAGACUGUUGCUAAGAAUGAGGAUAGGGAAGCUACUGGUUCCAAUCUGAAUAAUAGUGAACAGAGCACACAAGCUCCAGAUAUGGUUAAUUCCUCAGAUAAAGCUGAACCAAGAGACAUGGUGAAUAUGGAUAGUGCAGUGAAUAAUGCCAAGAAAGAAGAGAGUGACGCUAGUUGCAUUGAAAACAAAAGCUGUGAAGAGAGGACACAGACUUCAAAUAUGUCUAAUUUAUCUGAUAAAGCUGAAAUUAGCCUACAGAAUGAUGGCAGUGCACAAGUUUACGAUGAGAACAAAGAUGCUGCAACUAGUGAAUUAAAAAUCAAGGGCAAGGAAGAGAGUACUCAGACAAAUAUGGAAAAUUUAUCGAAUGAAAAAAUUAGUGCCACAAAUGAGAGCAGUGCAGAGAAUACUAUCAAAAGCAGAUCUGCUGAAGACAGUAAAUUGGAGGAUAAGAGCAGUGAACAAAGCAUACAGAAUUCGAAAAUGGAAGCUAAUUGUGAUGCAGAGAAUAAUGUCAAGAACAAAGAUAUUGAAGAUGAUAGUUUGAAAGAGUGUACAAACAGAUAAAGCUGCAUGAUAAAGGAUAUAGUGCUGAAAGUAAUGUCACUGAACAGACAGAUCCAGUGGAGACUUUGUUGAGACUUCCAACAGUGCUCACUUAGUGAAUCUGUGUUUAGUCUUUCCUUUCAGAGAAGGAUUGCAAUUUUGCAAGUAAUUAAUGGCAGAUGCUGAUUUAUUUAUUUAUUUUGUUAAGCCCUAGUAUCUUUCAUUGAUAGCCCUUGCCCUUUUCCCUUUCUGUGGUUACUUGUACUGUUUUUCUUCAUCUUUUUCUAACGAUGAGCUUGUAUGACAUUGGAUCUUUCAGUCUUUGAGCUAGUUUUUGCUAGCAGCGUUAUUAUUUUCCCAUUGAUUAAUUUUACAUAAUUUCCUUUCU